CAGAAGGAGACGCCUUUCGAAGCUAACAUAAGAGAGAACUUCCCCGUCGGUGCAUAUAAAUAUCCGACAAGUAAUCAUCCCCUUCGAUCCCAUUCUCCUGAAAAUCCAUCGUUCCCGGGCUCUGCGGUUCCUUCGGUCGGUCAGCUACUCUAGCCGCCCAAACUUCCGGCUCCAAAAGUUUGGAUCGACAGGCACAAUCCGCUUUUAAAUCAUGAAUCCUGAAUAUGAUUACCUGUUCAAGCUUCUGUUAAUUGGAGAUUCAGGUGUUGGCAAAUCUUGUCUUCUUCUGAGAUUUGCGGACGAUUCGUACUUGGAUAGCUACAUCAGCACAAUUGGUGUUGAUUUUAAAAUACGAACUGUGGAGCAAGAAGGGAAGACCAUUAAACUUCAAAUUUGGGAUACAGCUGGACAAGAGCGUUUUAGAACAAUAACUAGUAGCUACUACCGUGGGGCACAUGGCAUCAUAAUAGUGUAUGACAUAACUGAUCAAGAGAGCUUUAAUAAUGUCAAGCAAUGGUUAAACGAAAUAGAUCGUUAUGCAAGUGAAAAUGUAAACAAGCUGCUGGUUGGAAACAAGUCUGACCUGGCUGAUAACAGAGCUGUGUCUUAUGAUACAGCCAAGGCUUUUGCGGAUGAAAUUGGCAUUCCUUUCAUGGAGACCAGUGCAAAGAAUGCCAGUAAUGUCGAGCAAGCUUUCAUGGUUAUGGCAGCUGACAUCAAGAAUAGGAUGGCGAGUCAACCUUCCGCAAACACUGCAAGGCCUCCAACAGUUCAGAUAAAGGGCCAACCGGUAAACCAAAGGAGUGGAUGCUGUUCUUAGUGAGCAACCCGGUUCUUGAACAAUAUCUCAGUCAUAUCCUGCUAAGGAGGCUUGUCACCUGCGAUGCCAAUUGUUGGUCCCUGUCGUAGUUAUUUUAUAUAUAAGCUACUCAAGUUCUAUUCUUUCAAAUGGAUUGGAUUUUGUAGUGUCCAACUUAACCAUUGUAUUGGAUUUGUUGGAUUGAUAACAAAUUUUUUGCUGUUCCACUGUUUUUUGCCUCGA